UUUUAAUUCUCAACUACCCGCCAUAUCUCCAAUUCUCAACCUUUACUUUUCUCUCUCUCUCUCUAUCUCUCUCUGAAAAGGCUUCAAUGUACGGUGGCCGGAACACUAGCUCGACGGGCUCAAGGAGCGUUCCCUACUCGCCUGCCUCCGUAUACUCCGACACCUCCACCUCCCGUAGUUCCAUCUCCAGUUCCAGGAGCUCCGUCGCCUCCGCCGCACGCUCCGUCGCCGGAGUCUUCGUCUCCUGCUUCACUCCUCCGGUGGAUACUAGGAGCUCCACUAAGAGCUUCGCUGACUCUGACGAAUUCAAACCUGCUGCAGUGGAUGCUUUAAGAGCUAGUAGUGAGAGAAAACGUGGUUCUAAUCGAGGGGUCUAUGCCAGUGCAAAUAACUCAACACAUGAGCGGGAGCCUGGGAGCGUAAAAUUCAACAUAGAGGAAAUCGUCAAGGCCACGAGGAAUUUCUCCCCCUCUUUUAAGAUUGGACAAGGUGGGUUUGGGACGGUCUUCAGGGGAAGACUUGAAGAUGGAACCUUAGUUGCAGUAAAACGUGCUAAGAAGAGUGUAUAUGAUAAGCAUUUGGGAGUGGAAUUCCAGAGUGAGAUUCGAACACUGGCACAGGUUGAACAUUUGAAUCUGGUCAAGUUUUAUGGAUAUUUGGAGCACGGAGAUGAAAGGAUUGUUGUUGUGGAGUAUGUUCCCAAUGGAACCCUCAGAGAACACUUGGAUUGUAUUCAUGGCAAUAUUCUGGACCUUGCUGCACGGCUAGAUAUUGCAAUUGAUGUGGCCCAUGCCAUCACCUAUCUUCAUAUGUAUACAGAUCACCCUAUCAUUCAUAGAGACAUAAAAUCUUCCAACAUUCUCCUCACGGAAAACUUUAGAGCCAAGGUAGCUGACUUUGGUUUUGCUAGACUGGCAGCUGACAGUGAUUCAGGUGUUACCCAUGUGUCUACCCAAGUUAAAGGAACUGCGGGCUACUUGGACCCUGAAUACCUCAGAACCUAUCAACUUACCGAGAAAAGCGAUGUGUAUUCAUUUGGUGUGUUAUUGGUCGAACUAGUCACAGGCAGACGUCCAAUUGAACCAAAACGAGAACUCAAGGAGCGGAUAACGGCAAAAUGGGCCAUGAAGAAGUUCACUGAUGGAGAAGCUAUUACAACAUUGGACCCAAGGCUGGAAUGUGAUGCUGCAAAUAACUUAGCCAUUGAAAAGAUACUAGAACUAGCCUUACAAUGUUUGGCUCCACACAGACAGAAUCGGCCUAGCAUGAGGAGGUGUGCAGAGAUCCUCUGGAGUAUCCGUAAGGAUUACAGAGAGGUAUCAGCUUCAGAUGUCCGUUCACUCUCAUCCCAUUCCAUGAGGAGCACUUCAAUAAGAGAACAAUGAGGGAAGUAGCAUAAGAGAUCCUAAGGUGCGAGUAGUGAGGGUCAAUGAAUUCACAUUUGAACCAGAGAUGGAUAAAUGGAUAUAAGUAGAGAUUGAAAACUCAGCAGGGGGAACCGAGCAGUUGAGUAUUCGAAUCAAGAUGGUUCACGGUAGGAUGAAGCCAAUAACCUUGAAGAAGCAUCCAUAGUCAUUGCUGGGAAAAAGGUUUCAAUUGUUGCUAGAAAAUAUUUAGGGAAUUUGUUUAUAAUUUGUUCAUGAGAUUUGGCUUGUGUAUAGGAAAUUUUAGUUUGAGAUGGGGGAAGUACUCUACUUCCUCCCUGCUGUGUGUGUAUUUCUUUUUGAUGAAUUGUGUUUAUUGUUUUGAUUCUUCUCAAAGGAGUCUAAGAACAUUGAUAA